UGGGCACAGCCCAGCCCCUGCUAUAAUAUGAGGGGGAGAAGUCCAAACGCAGACAGAUAGAGUAGAGAGUGGAUCAGCGCGGUGGAUGCGCAGACGCGUCAGGUGCGCGCCAGGAGAGAAGGACUCCGAGACGCGCGGCGGCACGACGAGAGAACCAAAUAGCUUUAGGAGAUUUGUUAACUGGUGUGAGGAGUGUGAGGAGUAAGACUAGUUCUUCCCGAGAGCUUGAGAUAAAGACAACAUGUGCGGGGGCGCUGAUGGAGGCGCACCGGACCAGAGACACCUGCUCUGAAAAGUGCGUGCCAUGAAGCAGCCUUGGCGCACAGACCUUCCAUAGGUCAACCUGCUAUCGUUGAAAGUUCAUCUAAAAACCAGGGGCACAAUGAACGAGUCGUGGAACCUCAGCGUGGCGGAGGAGGACGAUGAGAAACUUUUAUUCGGCAUCGGCACGGAUAAUUUCAUCACGCUGCUGGUGUUCGGGCUCAUCUUUACGCUCGGCGUGCUGGGCAACUCCAUGGUGAUCACCGUGCUGGCGCGCAGCAAACCGGGGAAACCGCGGAGCACCACCAACAUCUUCAUCCUCAACCUGAGCAUCGCGGACCUCUCGUACCUGCUCUUCUGCAUCCCCUUCCAGUCCACCAUCUACAUGAUGCCGACCUGGGUCCUGGGCGCGUUCAUCUGCAAGUUCAUCCACUAUUUCUUCACCGUGUCCAUGCUGGUGAGCAUCUUCACGCUGUCUGCCAUGUCCGUGGACCGGUACGUGGCCAUCGUGCACUCCAGAAAGUCCUCCUCCAUCCGGGUGGCGAGGCACGCGUUGAUCGGAGUGGUGGUGAUCUGGAUACUCUCCCUGGCCAUGGCAGCGCCCGUCAUGUACUACCAGAACAUUUUCCCCAGGGACAAUCACACCUUCUGCUGGGAAGAGUGGCCGGGUCUGAACCAGAAGAAAGUCUACGUGGUGUGCACGUUCGUGUUUGGUUAUGUGUUGCCUCUGCUGCUGAUUUCCUUCUGUUAUGCAAAGGUUUUGAAUCAUUUGCACAAAAAACUAAGGAACAUGUCCAAAAAGUCAGAGGCAUCAAAGAAAAAGACGGCUCAGACAGUGCUGGUGGUGGUGGUGGUGUUCUGCCUCUCUUGGCUCCCUCAUCACGUCGUUCACCUCUGGGCGGUGUUCGGGACCUUCCCGCUGAACCAGGGCUCCUUUGUGUUACGGGUGGCCGCCCACAGCCUGGCGUACAGCAACUCAUCUGUCAACCCGGUCAUCUACGCCUUCCUGUCGGAGAACUUCAGGAAGGCUUACAAGCAGGUGUUCAAAUGCCAGAUCGGAACCAGUGACUCCCCGCUCAACGACAUUAAGGAGAUCCGCAGCAAAGCGGAGACGCCGCCCUCGACUAACUGCACCAACGUUUGACUGACAAGGUGUGGAAGGUGAUGUGAAAAAACGAAUUAUAGGCAAUGGUCACACUGGGAAUCAGCGUAAAGUAAAAGUGACAUGAGGCUGUAUGGAUGUUUUUUCAAUGUAGGUAGGUGUAGUUGCUUAGAUAGUGGUACACCUGUACUGUUCCACAUAAGCGCUGUUCAUAAUACCUGAAGAGAUAAAGCCACACACAACAUGAAUACUCACUCUUUGACCAGUCUCUGUUUCCUGCAGCUCUUCCUUGCAUUAAAGCCUGUGGCGUCUGAAACUCAGGAAAAUGAAAAGAAAAUCCUAAUGAUUGCAGACAAUAUAUACAUGACUCUUCAAAGUACAUUUACAAGCCAAUACAUCAAAAAGGCCCCAUUUUGAAGGUUUUUCUGUCUAAGGAACAGUGUUUUUACAGAACUAUGAUUACUCUUCAGGAAUCAGUAAAGGAUAAGUAAUUACACCGUUUGAUAAUCCCAGUAGGAGUCAGAUGAUGGGUUCAUAUCUGUUUCCACUCUGUGCAUUCAGUGGAAAAACAGAUCUGAGCUGUCAGCUUGGUUAGCUUAAAGCUAAAUGAUAAAACAUGAAACAUUAAAAUGUAUAAAAAUUAGCUAUGUUAUACAUUUGUUGACUUGUGUACUUACAUUAUAUAAAACAUUUCCAACACACCCAUAGAAAUCCUCAAUUUUAUUGUAGUUAAGAGGAGGUUUCAUUUCCGCCGCCAUUUAAUUGCAUCUGUGGCUUUGCCCGUCUCUGCUAUGACGUCCAGGACAAACAGGAAGGAAAACGUACCGCUAGCCAGUUGCCAGUUGCCAGUUUUUUCCUUCCCCUGUUUGUAUUGGUCGCUCGUAAAGGAUCACGGUUAUUCAUUGCAAUUUGCUGCGUAACGUGAAUUAAACUUUGUACAUUACGUCAUCCCUCUUCAUGAAUUUAUGCCUCAGUAGCAUCAGGUAGAUUUUCAUGGGCACUACAGUCAGUUCCACAGUGACCCAGUUUCUCAAAGACAGACUUCAACUUUGGCUUGGAUGUAUCUCAUACUUCAGAUGGUUGUCAAAAUGAACAAAGCUGUCUAGCUGUGGACGAGGUUAAAUAGAACUACAUUGCCAUAAAUUCUUGGAUAAAUAAAGACAAUAAUAAUGUGACUACCUUGUAAAAUCAUGAAGGAUUUUUUUAGCCUGUUUGUUCUGGAAAAAAAAGGGAAAAGGGCAUUUUACAGAGAAGAUUACAAUAUAAGUAGUAGACAGGCUGGGUUGCUGUAACAAUCAUCGUUCAUUCCUCAGAGGUUUUCUUUGGCAAACAGAAGCUACAGAAGUAUAUCUCCAGCAGGUUCCUGUGGUCUCUAAAACAUGCCCCUGUCCUCUGUUUGGAACACAACAUUGUAAAAAUAACCACAGAUGUUAAGCUUUGUUCUCUUUUUUUCUGGCAAUUUCAUUUUUGAAAUGAGUCAGUCUUUAUAUUUCUGAAAUGUGAAUGUGUGUCCAUCAGACAAACACUCCAGACAAUAUGCCAUCAGAGGUGAUGCUGCACUGGCAAAUUUUCUGCUGAUUCUUGAUCAUCACGCCUUUGUUCAUUGCAAUAUGCAGCAUGCUAAAAUGAUUUGACAUACCUUCCUCUGGCAGAUAGAGCAGCUCACCAGCUGUGUCGAGGCACAUCCACCUGGCCUCCACAACAAUUUUGCUCUCAUCCAUGGUAUAAGUGCACAUAUGACACUUAUGGGGGCUCUUGUUUUUUUCUGCCGGUUCACUUGGUUUCAUGAACCAGGGAGUUCAAGCAUUCAAUUUAUCACCUGGAGAAAAUUGUGAAAUUUAGGUAAAUUAUCUGAAAACAGCUCACAAGCUAAGCCAGCCAUCUCCAUGAAAGUCGUAUGCCAACUACACUGUGUGGGCCUAACAAGAUAAAGGAUUUGUCUGCUCCCCUGCCCAGUGUGCAACAACAUGUAGCACGGACAUGAAUAAUGUACAAUUAUAUUGUUAUGCAAAUUGCAGAGUUAAAAAAAUGAAUAUCAACAUAUUAUGAGGUGUUAUUUAUGUAUUUAUUCACAAUUGCUUUAAAGUAAUGAAAUUACUAAAGAACUUGAUUUCAAUAAUAGCAGAGUCAUUUCACGUGACUCCUACAACAGGCCUGGACCACUUAACAAUAGUGUUUGUACCUGGAAGAACAUUUUAAAUCAGAGAAAAGUGGUGAAUGCAGCAAGUUCUCCUACUCAAAUUAUUCAUACACGCAACAAAUAUAUUCAUAUUAAUUGUUAAUUGUUAAACUGUAUGUAGGCUGGAACCUCAUUAACGUACAACAUUUUGUUUUUAAUUGUAGAUAUUUUAAAUACAGACACAAUGUGUGGGUAAUAAAAGGGAUGUGUUACUCGUAGGCCUCAUUGAAUACAUUUUCAUUAAAUUGCCCAACACUGCCAGAGAAAGGUUGUCACCGUAGAUUAAGAUAAAAUACCAUUGCCAUUAAUUACACCCAGUAUGAAUAAAGUCUGUAAUUUAAUCAGCAAAUGUAAUGGACGCUGAAGCUGAUAUUUACAUUUGCCUGUGUCUAUAUUUGUUUUUUAUGCUAUUUUAAGAGUUUUCACAUUGUGCUGUGCUGUAUGACUGAGCCAGGCUGUUGGACAUAUGAAGCUCCAUGCUUGCUCCGUGUCUGGUAGCCAUGUUUCUAACCAUCGAUGUGAUGUGCCAAGCCUCCGCACAGAAGCUUUACCUCAGUGUACUCAAACAAACCAUUCAAACGAAACAACAAGAGACCUUUAACUUGGACCUACAGUAUUUUUAUGUGUAUCUCUAACAUUGUGGACUUUAAGGAAUGUGUCAUAUCUUGAACCUGAUAAAAAAUCACAAAGUAAUCGAAGCAUGGAUUCUCAGCUUGAGGUUACGCAACCAUGUGCCGUCGAAGGGGGGGCGAGUCUGCGGCAGCUCCUUGCAGCAGCAGCUGAUGUGAGUGGGUACCACUGACUCCAUCCUUAGAGGUGGAACUCACCAGUGUAAUCAGCAGACUCUCAUCCUCCCGGUCAGUGAGGAUCUGUAUAAGGAUUAUUCCCACAGGGCACAAGGGGGUGCAGUUGAUGACUUUGCUCGCCGUACUGCCGACCGUACAGAUGAGGAAUUUCAUGUUCCAAAAAAAGGGGGUGUGCAUGGAAACCUAAUCUAGGAGGUUGAAAGUGAAGGACACAGCUUUUUGUUGGUGGGAUUAUGUCGGAAAUGCAUUUCUAAAUAGAAUUUCUCUUGCAAAUGAUACGGACGGGGAACAAAACACAACAUCAUUUAAAGAGCACAUGAACAAAAAAUAACUUUUCCAGCAGAGAAUGCAUUGUUUUUUUUAAAGUUGAUAUCACAGCCCAUAAAUGACAGUUUAAUUAUUUAGUAAAUACCAAUAGAUAAUAUAUAUCAAUAGUCAUAUGCAUACAAAGGCAAAUAUUUAAUUACAGGCUAAUUUGUUACCAUCCUAUUCCCUUUAUCUUUUCUGUUCUGCUUAAUAUGAUGUGAUUUUAAUUUGCAGGCUGUAUCUUAGUAACCUUUAAUCCUGCAAAGAAACCUUUCUGUAGAUUUUGAUCAGUUUUUAUGGCUGAACAUGGCAUUUCUCUUAACGACAUUCAAGUCAUUGAGUAUGUGCAAGCAAACACAAACACACACACUUGGUGUGGACAUACAAUAAAGGCACUGUUUCCUGUAGGUUUUUUCUUGUGGGAUCUACAUUUCAUUUGACAGUUUCUAUUUAUUUAUUCACUUAGAUGACAGUGUCUGUACAGAUUUUCCGUGCUUUAUGCGUAAUAUCGAGGUUGUCCUGUCGUGUGCUUACUUUUCUGUAAUAUUUUCUGUUUUAUUUCAGAAGUGAAAUCAAGUGAUUUACCAGAAUUAUAAAAAAAAAUUAUUAUUUUUGUCUAUUUGUGCUUGAAAUGCAACAAGUGAGAAACAACUCGAGGCUCUCUGAAGUUCUCCAUAUGUGGAUGGUAUUUUGAAAUAAAUCCAGGCUUUGAUUGUCUAUAUGCAGUGCAAAUACUAUAUGAUUCUAAUAAACUCUGUGGCAUUUGA